CAAGAAAUUAUGUCGGCCAUAACACAUUCUCCGAUGUAUCCUUCAGACAUGUUUAGUGAAGAUAAUUCAACACAGAUCCUUUUCUAUGAUAAUGCCACCAACAUAACAGAAGACGAAUUACCUCUUGAUACAAAUAAUUUAUUAGUGGCUUAUCACUACUGGUACGCAGGCAUUCAUGGUUAUGUAGCUUCCAUCGUCUGCAUAUUUGGAGUCAUCACGAAUAUUCUCAACAUUAUUGUACUGACAAGAAAAAAUAUGAUUUCUCCGUCAAAUAUAAUCCUGACUGGACUGGCCAUUAGCGAUGGGCUUACAAUGGCUCUCUACUUCCCAUUUGCUUUAAACAAUUAUGUCAUCUAUGGACCAGAUUCUCCAGAAAGUCGUGACAGUAUUGGUGAUGCCCGCUUUUUAUUUGCCUACGCCGUAUGUAGCGUUGUUGUACAUUCCAUUUCAAUUUGGUUGACAGUUACGUUGGCUCUGUUCCGGUACAUUUUCAUUAGGUAUCCACGCAAAGGCACCUAUUUGUGCAGUAUACCAAGGGCUAAAUUGGCUGUAAUUCUAGUGACCAUAGUUACCACUAUAGUAUGUGUUCCUAAUAGUGCAACGUUAGAAAUCAAGUGCGAUGCCGGACAAAAUUCAACAAUGUGGUAUGUUGAUUUUAGGGAGAAUAAUGAAGCUGAGAGAAUUCUCAAGAAGAUGAACUUUUGGGUGCAAGCAUUUAUCCUUAAGCUGUUACCCAGCUUACUCUUGACAGUUUUGAGUAUAUUACUCGUGAAAACCAUGCAAGAUGUUGAGGUAAGACGGAAGAGGCUGUUAAGUCGAAGUGGCAGAACAGAUGACGACAGCGGUCGAGAAAGGAAAACUAAUCGAACUACGAAGAUGUUACUGACAGUUGUAGUGCUGUUCCUCAUAACAGAAACCCCCCAUGGUAUAUUUAUACUGAUUGGAACUUUUAACUCUUUCUUCCAGAAUUACUACGUGUAUUUGGGAGAUACCCUUGAUAUUCUCACACUCAUUAACAACGGCAUCAACUUCGUAUUGUAUUGCACAAUGAGUAAACAGUUUAGAGAGACAUUCAUCAGAAUAUUUUUCAAAUCUUUCAUUGCUACAGAUGUCGGCCAAUUGCAGCUGGUGUCAACCCAGGCUACUAGGUACUCGGAAGUAUGAUCUAACUCUCCUGGUGCAGUUAUAUCAUAACGAAGAGCACAGUUAUGAUUUGAUGAAAAGUUAAGCAACUUAAAGUAGACAAAUACAGGAUUAGUUCACUUUCAGUAAACAUUCUUACGCCAGUCAUCCAGUCAUUUCAGUUUCCUGAUCAACAA